AUGGAGGAUGGGAAGCCAGUGUGGGCCCCCCACCCCACAGAUGGGUUCCAGCUGGGCACCAUCGUCGAUAUCGGAGCCGACACCCUCACUAUAGAACCGCUGAGCCAGAAAGGCAAGACAUUCCUUUCUCCAAUAAAUCAAGUGUUCCCAGCGGAGGACGACGUCAACAAACAUGUUGAGGAUAACUGUUCCCUCAUGUACUUGAAUGAAGCCACUCUCCUCAACAACGUCAAAGUGCGAUACAAUAAGGAACAUAUCUAUACCUAUGUGGCCAAUAUAUUGAUAGCUGUCAAUCCUUACUACGACAUCCCCAACCUGUACGGCCCAGAAGCCAUCAAGUCAUACCAGGGGAAGUCUUUGGGGACUCAGCCCCCUCAUGUCUACGCAAUUGCUGACAAAGCCUACAGGGACAUGAAGGUUCUGAAAAUGAGUCAGUCCAUCAUCGUUUCUGGCGAAUCGGGUGCUGGCAAAACGGAAAACACUAAGUUUGUUCUCAGAUAUUUGACCACAACUUACGGAAGUGGUCAAGAUAUCGAUGAGAGAAUUGUUGAAGCAAAUCCCCUCCUGGAGGCAUUCGGGAACGCCAAGACGGUCCGGAAUAAUAACAGCAGUCGCUUUGGGAAGUUUGUUGAAAUCCACUUCAAUGAGAAGAAUGCCGUUGUCGGUGGAUUUGUCUCCCAUUAUUUGCUGGAGAAAUCAAGGAUUUGUAUGCAAAGUAAUGACGAGAGGAACUACCACAUCUUCUACAGGCUUUGUGCCGGAGCAUCUGAGGACAUCAAGAAGAAGCUGCACCUCGAUUCUCCAGACAGCUUCAGAUAUUUGAACCGAGGCUGCACCCGAUACUUUGCCAGCGCAAACUCCGAUAAGCAAAUCAUGCAGAACCGCAAGAGUCCUGAGGACAAUAAGCACGUGAAGCUGGGUGCGCUGAAGGACCCUUUUCUCGACGACCAGGGAGACUUUAAUAGGAUGUGCGUGGCCAUGAAAAAGAUUGGUCUUGAUGAUGCCGAGAAGCUGGACCUGUUUAGGGUGGUUGCUGGCGUUCUGCAUCUCGGGAACAUUGACUUUGAAGAAACGGGAAGCAGCUCAGGGGGCUGCAUUCUGAAGAAUCAAUCCCGUCAGACUCUGGAAUAUUGCGCCGAUCUCCUGGGUCUGGAUCAGGAUGAUUUGAAGGUCAGCCUUACAACGAGGGUUAUGCUCACGACGGCAGGGGGCGCCAAAGGAACGGUUAUCAAGGUGCCUCUAAAAGUGGAACAAGCUAACAAUGCCCGCGAUGCCCUGGCCAAGGCAGUGUACAGCCGCCUCUUCGAUCACGUGGUCAAACGAGUGAACCAGUGUUUCCCUUUCAAGUCCUCCUCAAGCUUCAUCGGCGUGCUGGACAUUGCUGGUUUUGAAUACUUUGAACACAACAGCUUCGAGCAGUUCUGCAUCAAUUACUGCAACGAGAAAUUACAGCAGUUCUUUAAUGAGCGCAUCCUGAAAGAGGAACAAGAGCUCUAUCAAAGGGAAGGACUGGGAGUAAAUGAAGUGCAUUAUGUUGACAAUCAAGACUGCAUCGAUCUCGUCGAGGCGAAACUCGUGGGUAUUCUGGACAUUCUGGACGAAGAGAACCGUCUGCCUCAGCCGAGCGACCAACACUUUGCACUGGCUGUUCACAGCAAGCAUAAAGACCAUUUCAGACUUACGGUUCCUAGGAAGUCCAAACUGACUAUUCAUCGGAAUCUCCGGGAUGAUGAAGGCUUUAUCAUCAGGCACUUUGCUGGAGCUGUCUGCUAUGAAACGACUCGAUUUGUGGAGAAGAACAAUGAUGCCCUCCACAUGUCCUUGGAGAGCUUAGUGUGCGAAUCCAAGGACAACUUUGUUCGAGAGCUGUUUGAGACCUCAGCAACUAACAAGGACUCCAAACACAAAGCCGGGAAACUCAGUUUCAUCAGUGUUGGAAACAAAUUCAAGACGCAGCUCAACUUACUGCUGGAAAAGCUUCGUAGCACCGGCUCCAGUUUUAUCCGCUGUGUCAAACCUAACCUGAAAAUGGUCAGCCACCACUUUGAAGGCGCUCUCAUUCUUUCACAGUUGCAGUGCUCAGGAAUGGUGUCCGUACUAGAUUUGAUGCAAGGCGGGUUCCCGUCCAGGGCACCUUUUCAUGAACUUUACAACAUGUAUAAACAGUACAUGCCUGAUAAGCUUACCCGACUGAACCCACGACUCUUCUGCAAGGCCUUGUUUAAAGCACUGGGACUAAAUGACAAUGACUUUAAAUUCGGCUUGACUAGAGUGUUCUUCCGCCCCGGAAAGUUUGCAGAAUUUGACCAGAUCAUGAAGUCGGAUCCCGACCACCUAGCAGAGCUGCUGAAGAAAGUCAACAAGUGGCUAGUGUGCAGUCGUUGGAAGAAGGUCCAGUGGUGUAGCCUGUCUGUGAUCAAACUCAGGAACAAGAUGAGCUACAGGGCUUUGGCAUGCAUUAAGAUUCAGAAGACGGUGCGCAUGUGGUUAUGUAAGCGGAAGCACAAGCCGCGCAUCGAUGGUAUGGUAAAGGUGAAAAAUCUGAAGAAGCACAUGGAGCGCUUCAAUGAGGUGGUCAAUGGACUGAAGGAGGGCAAACAAGAGAUGGCCAAGCUAGUCCAGCAGCUGGCAACCAGCAUAGAUGCUCUGCUAGCCAAGAUAAAGAAUUCAAUCAUGAACCGGAAAGAGAUUGACACCGAGUACCAGGUGUUGGUGAAACGCUCAGAACAGCUGCUGUCCUCGAUGCAGAAGAAGAAACAGGAAGAGGAGGAAUCUGAGAGGCUGAAACGCAUCGAGGAGGAGAUGGAGAAAGAGAAGAAGCGUCGGGAGAAAGAAGAGCAACGACGCGAGCUAGAAGAAGAGGAAAGACGACUGAAAUCGGAGAUGGAGGUGAAGAGAAAGCAAGAAGAGGAAGACAGGAAGAAGCGAGAGGAAGAGGAGAAGGUUUUACAGGCGGAGCUUGAAAUCCAGUUUGCCCUAGAGCGUGAGGAGCAGGUCCAGCGGACCGCGAUGCUGGAGCAGGAGAGACGUGACAGAGAGCUUGCCAUGAGGAUUGCUCAGAGCGAGGCUGAGCUGAUCACAGAUGAUGGUCAGAUAGACCCCAGUCUGCGCAGUGAUGAGGCUUUUUCGGAUCUUCCUAUUUCUGCAUCCUCAGCCAAAGCCAUGGGCCCUCAGGUGCAGGCAACCAAAGCUGCGGCUGGCGUGAAAAAGUAUGACCUCAGCAAGUGGAAGUAUGCUGAACUGCGAGAUGUCAUCAACACUUCCUGCGACAUCGAUCUGUUGGCGGCCUGCCGAGAGGAGUUCCACCGGCGUCUGAAGGUCUAUCACGCCUGGAAGUCCAAGAAUAAGAAACGCAACGAUGACGGAAGCGAUCAGAGGGCUCCUAAAUCUGUCACCGACUACGCGCAACAGAACCCUGCUCCUACAAUGAUGGCCCAACACCAGGAAGUGGCCAUGAACCGGCAACAGCGCUACUUCCGCAUCCCUUUCAUCCGGCCGGCCGACCAAUACAAGGACCCGCAGAAUAAAAAGAAGGGCUGGUGGUACGCUCACUUCGACGGGCCGUGGAUCGCCCGACAGAUGGAGCUUCACCCAGACAAAAGACCCAUUGUGUUGGUGGCAGGGAAAGAUGAUAUGGAGAUGUGCGAGCUGAGUCUGGAAGAGACCGGUCUGACCAGGAAGAGGGGUGCCGAGAUACUGCCCAGGCAGUUUGAGGAAAUCUGGGAACGCUGCGACGGAAUCCAUUACCUGAAGAAAGCCAUCGAGAACAAGCAGGCGCGGCCCACGUACGCCACCGCCAUGCUGCAGAAUCUCCUCAAGUGA